UAUAUCUUUCCUGCCUCUUUUCGUCUGACUUCUGAUUUCUAUCUGACUGGGAACGAUCGAAUAUAGAAGGUGCUACUGGUAGCUAGUUGUAAAACUAGAACAUCCGUUGCAUCCUCACUGCUAAGGGGUCGGAUGCCUUGGACAUCAAUGGUGUGUCCUAAGUCUGAAGAGACAGUAAUGCCAUCCAGACUUGUUCAAAAAACUUUGAAUAUUUAUACAAACUGUCCAUUACAUUAUUGUAAAUGAGAUGUUUUACGCGCUGCUGUCAUGGCAACGUCACCAACGAACUUUGAGCAACUCCGUUGUACACUACAGUAACAACUCAGUCUCCAAUAAAAGAUUGUAUUAAUCUUACACUUGUGUCCUUACUGAUCGCUUUCCGCGUUAUACAUUCUCUUGGGGAUACUGGUCCUAACACGGUGAAGUACUUCACCACCACAACAGUUACAUUAAGGCUAGACACAAACAUAUUAAAAGCGAUAUGACUGAGCUGGCUGACAAAAAAUCUGAUGAAACACAAUUAAGUGAGAGAUUCGGUAUUUUUCAGCCAUUGGAUUAUUCAUUUCUGAAUAUAAAAAACUUAUCAGGUAUUGCAAGUAUCAGUAACACUUACACAUUUUAACAGAUUUGCCUGUGUGUUGUCCGAGAAUGAUACCUAGCAUCAAUUCAGUCAUUAAAAAGGAUAUAGAUGGAAAAUGGAUCAGUCAGACCCUGAAGUUAAAUAACAACCAAAUAGAGGACAUCUCUACACUACCUAUUGUGGUUUAUGAGCUUUUAGGGGACACAUCCAACUUAACAUGGUUAGAUUUAUCUUGUAACAACAUACCCAGUAUCCCGAAUGUAAAUUGUAGUUUGUUUUUACUUUCAAUUUUAGCUCAGUCUUUUAGUAGUCUUAAACGCUUAAAAAUCAUCUAUAUGCAUGGAAACAAAAUAGCAACAUUCCAGGAGGUGAUAAAGCUCAGACAGUUACCGAAGCUCACAAAACUUACGUUACAUGGAAACCCUAUAGAAAAGGAGAAGGUAAUACUUUAUGUUAGUUCACAGAGACAGCCAGUUAUUACUGUUGUUCCGUUUUUUUAGAAAACCACACAUCCUAGCUCUCAUGGAGACAUCAUUAAGCUAAUUAGGUGAUUUCUUGACGAGUAUCACGACACAUUUUCUAGGCUUAGAAACACCUAGGCGCUUAAAACAAGCUUUAAUUUCGUAGUACAAAUUUUUGUUGUGAAUGCUUUACAUAGGUGUGAAAUGAGAAAAUACUGUAAUUUGCAUGGGGCUCUGCUUUCCUUACUCUUAACAACUAGGUUAAGACUUGUCUUUAAGAAAUUCACAACAAACCUGAUACAAAGUGGAGAUAACUCUUUUCGGCAUCACAUAUACUCUUACAACUUUCAUGGUCAAAGGAACCGAUCAAUAACAACACCCAUACAGAAGUCACAUGCAUGAUCCAUACACUAAAAGUUGACAUUUCAGUUUGAAGAUUACAUAACAAUAGAUAUGGACAAAGACUUCUUAAAAGUAUAUGAGGAAGGAUAAACUAUAUUUCGUUCCCAUAGGUGUGAUAUGAUGUAUGACUUGGAAAUUAUUAUUAAUAAACUGGUAGCGUUCUUUAUGAUCAGAGCAUCAUGUUCACAGUAAUCAAUUACGAUGAAAAAACUUUCACUGAAAACCGAAAAACCUCAGUGUUGUCAACAUCUUACAUAGGUUACUUUCACACGGUUCUCUCAAUAUUACCAAACCUAGUAACUCUGGAUUUUACUGGGGUCUCGCGGGCGGACAAACAGACUGCGGCACUGAUUAGACGUCCUGUUCAAAACAAACAUUGAAAGGCGAAACCUCGUCACAUCGUUAGUUCAUGAAGUAGUCAUUGGGAGUGCACCAAACAAAAGAUUCAAAUUGCUAAGGACAGUGAAAUCAGUUAUAUUUUGCUAACUGCUUUUUUGUCAAUAGACACUCACCUCUUUCAGCUUAUAUUUUCCAAGUUGUUUUUAUGAAGAUACAUUUAAAAUUAGAGUUAUUCUAGUAAUGCAGAACACGUUAUUCGCAUUCUGAUGAUAAUUUGAGAAUAUGAAAAAGAAAUCAAGAGAAAUAAACAUCGACAGUUUAAUUUUGUGUUUUACACGCAAAAAAUAUUCACUUAUACAAGAUGUUGAUUAAAAUCAAAAAUGGUGAUAAACCGUGCUGUUUGUUAAUUUGCAAAUGACUCAUGCUAUGACUGGUCAUGGUUGAUUUUUAUGCUGGGAUCGCUUACUCCUAUACUUCGAACAACGAGAAACCACUGCAAUUCCCUCGACGCGAAGUAAAAACACCAAGACUGGUACUAGUGAGGAUUUAUUAACUCUAAAACACGACGAAAAUGCACUCAUUUAUAAGUUAAUUAUACACCGAUUUUGAUCAUUAAUUAGAAUGGAAUCAGAUAUAUGAAAAAUACAUAGAGUUUUACUAAAUCACAUGCUGCAUGUCAUGCUGGGCAUAGUUCACGUCCAUUUAAUACAAGAAUAACGUAUUUUGAAUAAACACCACACUCAAAUAAACUAAUGUUACACCGAAUAAAAUAUCACACUGAAAAACAAAACAAAUACUACACUAAGUAAACAUCACAUUGAAUUAAAAUGGAAGUAAUGUUGAACAGAAAUCACAAUGAGUAACGGAAUAUAUCUUUGCUUUUUAAUCCCAUCAUGUCAGUUCUUUCAUGUUGUUUCAAACGGUCAAGUUGACUUGAGAUAAUAAAAUGACGAAAUCAUCCAAAAACCACUUGUCAAGAUCGAUUUUUAAACGAUUUUUCCACCUCAGUUGCUACUCAGUUUAAGAAACGUAUCAAAAUACAUGCUCACAACUGUUCGCACUUCAAUAUUCACACUUAGGUCAAAU